AGCUUGUUGGACUUUGUCCCUAUGCAUGUUAGGCAAUUCUCCCAGCUAGUUUGAGUUACCAGCUGACCAGUGAAGCAGUGGAAACCAGAAUAUCCAGAGUGGUUUGAAGGAGAAAGAAGCAUUGUGGCUUUAUAUCCUCUGGGCCUGCAUUUCCUAAAGUCAUCGCACAUAGAGCAGAGAGAAAAUGGCCGAAUUAAAGUACCUUUCUGGAUUUGGGAAUGAGUGUGCUUCAGAGGACCCUCGCUGCCCAGGUUCCUUGCCAGAAGGACAGAAUAAUCCUCAGGUCUGCCCCUACAAUCUGUAUGCAGAGCAGCUCUCAGGAUCGGCUUUCACUUGUCCACGGAGCACCAAUAAGAGAAGCUGGCUGUAUAGGAUUCUACCUUCAGUUUCUCACAAGCCCUUUGAAUCCGUUGAUAAAGGCCAUGUCACUCACAACUGGGAUGAAGUUGAUCCUGAUCCUAACCAGCUUAGAUGGAAACCAUUUGAGAUUCCAAAAGCAUCUCAAAAGAAAGUGGACUUCGUGAGUGGCCUGCACACCUUGUGUGGAGCUGGAGACAUUAAGUCUAACAAUGGACUUGCUAUCCACAUUUUCCUCUGUAAUACCUCCAUGGAGAACAGAUGCUUUUACAAUUCAGAUGGGGACUUCUUGAUUGUUCCCCAGAAAGGGAGCCUUCUCAUUUACACCGAGUUUGGCAAGAUGCUUGUACAGCCCAAUGAGAUCUGCGUCAUUCAGAGAGGAAUGCGGUUCAGCAUAGAUGUGUUUGAGGAGACCAGGGGCUACAUCUUGGAGGUCUACGGUGUCCACUUUGAGUUACCUGACCUUGGACCUAUUGGGGCCAAUGGUUUGGCCAAUCCUCGUGAUUUCUUGAUACCCGUUGCCUGGUAUGAGGAUCGCCAAGUGCCAGCUGGUUACACUGUCAUUAAUAAAUUCCAGGGCAAGCUGUUUGCUGCCAAACAGGAUGUCUCCCCAUUCAAUGUUGUGGCCUGGCAUGGGAACUAUACACCCUACAAAUACAACCUGAAGAAUUUCAUGGUUAUCAACUCGGUGGCCUUUGACCAUGCAGACCCAUCCAUUUUCACAGUGUUGACUGCUAAGUCUGUCCGCCCUGGAGUGGCCAUUGCUGAUUUUGUCAUCUUCCCACCUCGAUGGGGGGUUGCUGAUAAGACCUUCAGGCCUCCUUAUUACCAUAGGAACUGCAUGAGUGAGUUCAUGGGACUCAUCCGAGGUCACUAUGAGGCAAAGCAAGGUGGGUUCCUGCCAGGGGGAGGCAGUCUUCACAGCGCAAUGACCCCGCAUGGACCUGAUGCUGACUGCUUUGAGAAGGCCAGCAAGGUCAAGCUGGCACCUGAGAGGAUUGCCGAUGGCACCAUGGCAUUUAUGUUUGAAUCAUCUCUCAGUCUGGCAGUCACCAAGUGGGGUCUCAAGGCCUCCGGGUGUUUGGAUGAGAACUAUCACAAGUGCUGGGAGCCACUCAAGAGCCAUUUUACUCCCAACUCCAGGAACCCAGCAGGACCUAAUUGAGACGGGAACAUGGCUACCAUAAUUAAGAGUAGAUUUGUGAGGCUUUCUUGAGAAUCUUAUGCUUUCUGGUAGUAUUGGGGGCGGGGGUUGGUUAAAAUGAAAACUCACUUUUCACUCAGAACUUUUGCGGAAACACAUUUGCAAAGUUCUAUGGUUGUUACCUUAAUUACUCAAUAAACUUGCUGGUGUUCUGUGGAA